CCUUCAUCAUCAGCCGGCCCGGUGGCGGGUUCGGCCCUGUCGGCCCUCCGCUUCGAUUACACAUUCCCCAACGCCCCCGGCAGCUGGGUGAAAUUCGAUUCGCUAUCGCGGGUGGUCAAGGGCAACAUGACCUUCGAGGCCUGGAUCGCCCUGCCCCUCCCGGGCGACGGUCAGUUCAAGCCCAUCCUCUCCCGAUACCCCGACCCCGACGUCAUUGGUCUCCCCGACGCUGCCUUUGGCAUUACCCACAUCAACAGAUUUGCUGAGUUUGUGUUCCAGGUGCGACCGGACGGCAGCCUCAACAUUUUCAUGGGCGGUUCUAGCGCGCCCAACGGCCGUACCUUCAUUUACGGUGUCAACAUCAACGGCGGCGUGAAGCUACAGCCCUACCGCUGGCAUCACGUGGCGUUCACCAUCGAGCACCGGCCCAACGCGACCAACCCACGCGCCAUACGUCUGUUCCUCGACGGCGUGCUCACGAACGGUAACGGCUGGUCGUCCAGUCCCCAGUUCUACUCGCGCCAGCACCUCGAGGACACCCGGCCGCUCGAGCUGGGUCGUUUCCAGAACCCCGCCAUCCAGCUCUUCAACGGUUGGAUGGACGAGAUCAAGUUCUGGGACGUGACGCGCUCCGAGGAGGACAUCUACAACAACCGUUUCACCAUCUACCCUGGCAACACACCCAACCUCCAGGCGUACUACCGGGCUAACGAGGGCUCCGGUUUCUCGCUCGCGCCCAUGCCCUACGCCCCCCAGGAUGCUAACCCGCACGUGGGUGAGCUCAACCGCGGCACCUUCUGGGACGUGUCGGGCGUGCAGUCGCUCACGCAGGUGGUCGAGAUCGACCAGUCUGUCAUCACCCUCGUCGAGCUCUUCGGCUCGGACACCACCUACCGCCCGAUCACCUACAUCAUCGACACGCUUCCCGCGCGCGGCAAGCUCUUCUACGCCAAGAACCAGAACACGCGCGGCAAGGAGAUUACCAGCGCUGGCGCGGCUCUCGCCAGCUGGUAUGUGUUCUACCAGAGCACCGGCCCGAUCGGCGACGCUCAGGACCAGUUCAAGUUUUACGUGAAAAACGACGCCAACCUGACCUCCAACGCGACUGUCGUCAAGGUCCUGCUGUCGCCCACCGUGGGCUGCGACGGCAAUCUCGGCUCCGGCCUCGUUACCGACUCAUGCGAAGUAUGCGGCGGCAACAACACCUGCGUGGGUUGCGACGGCGUGCCCGGCUCCGGCAAGGUCGUCGACGCUUGUGGCGUGUGCGACGGCCAGAACAGGACUUGCUUCUGCCUCGACGGCGAAGGUAGUUACAGGGGCUUCGACCAAAUGGAGCUGGACAAGGUGCUGCUUCUCUACAAGAUCGAACAGUCGAUCUCGUCGCUGGAGCACGUGGACGCCAAGCUGGGCGAGCUCUACACGUCCCUCGUCGCGGCCGAUCCCGACCAGCUCGAUCUCGGCAGCCAGAUCGCGGACCUGCGCUCGUGGUCGUCGGACUGCUUCGACGGCUUCUGCACCAACCUCGAGGGCCUCUUCGAACGACUCGACAUCGACGCCUCUACGCCCGUCGUCCGGCCCGUGUGCGGUUUCAGCAGCUCCUCCUGA